GCUGCAACGCAAAUAUACCCUUCAUCAUAGACGAACACUAUAUUCCCCGACACACCUGCAAAGGCCUAUUUGCAUCAUUCUCUGCAAGUUAUGUCUUGGAAUAACAUACCCGCAGACGUUAAUGGUCACAAUUCCCAUUUACCUUUCAACGAGCACUACAGCAUUUCCAGAGAUCAGCGUAUCGAGGGUGUAUGGCCGGCCAACAGCUCUCAGGGUAUUCAACCCUCAUCUCCCCACCAAGGUUCCUGGGCGAAUGAGAAGCGUCAUCUCGAGAAAGAGCGGAAUGUAGCAAGCCGUAUCUCGUUUUCCCAGUUCAAACGAACUAUACUGCAGUACUGGCCGGCGUCUUCUUUAUCGCUACCGUCCAUGUCGCGGAGAUCAACUGAUUCUUUUAAUAAGGCUACGAACGGGUCGACCAAUUCAACAUUCCGCUUUGCUCUUCUCUGUGCCUUCUGGUAUACCACCUCUGCGUUAUCAUCAAAUACAGGAAAGACUAUCCUAACUCAAUUUCGCUAUCCGAUCACCCUUACCAUCAUACAAUUCGGUUUCGUCGCAUUUUUUUGCCUGCUUUUGAUGAGUCCUGCCCUUGGGUUUUCCAAAUUACGGCCUCCGACGAAGGCCAUCGUAUGGAGCACACUUCCUAUGGGUAUGUUUCAGGUCGGAGGGCAUGUGUCUUCAAGUAUGGCAAUAUCUCGGAUCCCUGUCAGUACCGUUCAUACGAUCAAGGCUCUAUCUCCCCUAUUCACUGUAGCAGCCUAUGCUCUGUUGUUUGGUGUGAGAUACUCUCCCAAGACGUAUAUCUCGCUGCUACCCCUCACUAUUGGAGUCAUGCUAGCGUGCACUUUCGAUAUGUCCACCUCAAGUCCUGCUGGUCUUCUUUGUGCUUUCGGGUCUGCUCUUGUAUUCGUUAGCUCAAACAUAUUUUUCAAGAAGAUCAUGCCCUCAGGCGCGCAGAUGUCAUCCCAUAAACUUGACAAACUGAACCUUCUACUGUAUUCAUCCAGCAUGGCUUUCAUCCUCAUGAUCCCUAUCUGGAGUUAUACCGACCUUCCCUUGCUUCUCUCUGCCACUGAGGAUCCGACCCACGUAUCUCACCCUACGCGUGGACAUGCAGUCCCUCACUCAGUGCACUACUACUUCUUCGUGAAUGGUACUGUCCAUUUUGCGCAGAACAUCAUAGCUUUUAUCAUUCUGUCUUCCACGUCACCCGUCACAUAUUCCAUCGCAUCACUGAUCAAGCGCGUUGCUGUGAUUUGUAUAGCAAUAAUGUGGUUCAACCAAAGUGUACAUCCCGUGCAAGGGCUUGGGAUAGGAAUGACCUUCUUAGGACUUUACAUGUACAAUACCGCCAAGGGUGACGUGGAAAGGGGAGAAAACAAAAUGAGAAGAGUCGAGGCUGUUCGAGAUAUGAUGCUUCCGAUCAACAAGACUGAAGAGAGGAUGUUGAACGGGACUGAUUCCUCACCAUCCCGAUUGUCUGUAUCCGAGGUCCCCAUUAUGGCCGCUACGACUGGGAUGGGUACGUCACCCGUGUACGGCCGACCGCGAACACAGAUACCACCACCUCACAAUAACUAUUCCAACUUGCGCACUCAUGAUAUCCACUCGCAUAUACAUCCGAAUCUCCACAUACAAAUAACGUCCCCGACGGCUGCAGUGUCUGCUCUGUCUAAGCGCAGUGCUAUCUCGCCUACAGACUCUUAUCCCUCACCGCCUCCGUCUAACGAUUCUCCCCCGCUAAAAACCAUUUCCCUUGGGUUUCCACCUCUCAACUCGCAUUCUCAUGUGUAUCCUCUCUCGCACUCGCAUCAGAUAGGGCCAGAACCGCAGCUUCUCGCAGCCUGAACAUUCAAAAUACCCCAGGUAUAUCUUUAUUGAUUUUAAUCAAACUUUUUCUGUGGUUCUCCACCCUAUUCCCUUGCCUGCAUUAUUUAAUACACAAAACAUCCUAUCGACCCCAUUUCACUCAUAGACUUAUACGAGACGACUGUCAUUUCGUUACGCACUUUGGAUUUGAACGACCUUCUUUUUCGUAGACGAACCCUUUCGACCUCUAUUGUAUAUCUUUCAUGGCAACUUGUUCAUAGCGCUGUAAUACAUCUGACGUAGAGACUAUCGCGUUGGCUGAUCCACUUGUGUAGGAGAAUGGGAGUAACGUACUACAGUAAAAGUAUACUUUAGUUGGGCGGUAUUCAGGGUCCUACUGUGGUACCGCCGCGCUACUCCUACCGAAG